CAGGGCCUUCGGCGGCGCGCACGCCGGCCGGCUCCUGCGGGGGCCGCGGCCGGCAGGACUGGCGCAGCUGGGGCCGGCGCCCGAUGUAUCGGGGAGGCGGCGCGUGGGCACCUCCAUGCUGAUCGUGCGCGUGCCGUCGGCGGUCGGCGACGAGAUCGCCGUGGUCGACCUGCUGAGGUUCAUCCACGACGAGAUCCACGGCCCCAGCGCACACUUCAUGGAGAGCGUCUCCGAGAUCUCGGAGGUCAUGGACCACUUGGACUUCAGCCCAGGCGCGACGGUGCUGAUGGACGACGCGAAGCUGAUGGUCGAGCACAUGGGGGCCUCUCCAGAGCUGCUCGAAGCAUUCGUCGUGAGGGAGGGGUCCCAGGAGCUGGAAAGUCUGUAUUGCCACCAGUGCGAGAUGUGGUACAUGAGCAAGGAGCCCGCCGACGGCCCCCACGGCUCCGGGCCGGUGUCCACCGCCUGGACCGGCGGCUGCCGCGGGCACUGCGGCAUCGGCGUGGGCCUCCCCGGCCGCGGCGCGCCCGAGGGCGCGUCGAGGCGCUGAGCGACGCAGUGAGACCGCAGCACGGAGUCGGCGCUGGAAUGGGGCGACUUGGCGGCGUUACAGGCAGCUGAUGGGACGCCUUGCGCCGAAGCGUGCUGUUUGGAGCGCCCUGGCUGCACCGCGUUCCUCGACGUAGGGCUGCGGCGCGUGCGCCUUCGGGGCCGCACGAGCGCCUCGGUGCUUUGCUCGGGCGGCCCGACGGGGCCGGGGGGGUGGGAGGCGAGACGAGGCUUCCCCCGGGUGUAGGAAGGAGUUGCGUGUCUGCUCGGGUGCUCUGCCUGACGCCGCAUGGAGCCAUCCACCAUGAGGGCAAGGAGCGCACUCGAUCAGAGCUGGCUUGUUUUUAUCAAGCGCUGUAGCAGGACUUCCUUAGACAGCGGGCACCGGUCGCGGAUGUCCGGUCGCACGGGCCGAUCCCCGCCCCGCCCGAAAAAAGAGAACGGAGAUACAUUGAAUCGUCGAUCCUCCGGAA